ACUGACUCAACAGUGCCAGGUGUUGUCAGCAGCAACAGUGGUUGCUAAGCACACGUCGGCCCUGUGUAACGCCUGUCGCCUGGCCUCCAGCAAGACCUCCAAUCCUGUCGCUAAGCGACACUUUGUACAGAGUGCCAAGGACGUUGCCAACAGCACAGCCAACCUGGUCAAGGCCAUCAAGGCGCUGGACCAGGAUUUCACAGAGGAGAACCGCCAGCGAUGUGCGGAGGCCGCCAAACCACUGACAGAUGCAGUGGAUGAACUCACCACAUUUGCCUCCUCUCCCGAGUUUGCCAGCAUGCCAGCCAAGAUCAGCCCUGAGGCAAGGAAGGCCCAAGAGCCCAUUGUGUCGGCAGGUAAGGCGAUGAUCGAUGGAGCGUGUCACAUGGUGACGGCCGCCAAACAGCUGGCUGUCAACCCGAAGGACCCGUCCACUUAUCAACUGUACUCCAACCACUCCAAGAGUGUGCCCGAGGCCAUCAAACGACUCGUGUUCUCCAUCAAGGACUGUGCGCCGGGUCAGCGUGAGUGUGACGAGUCGAUCGACAAACUGAACCGCUCCAUCCGCGACCUGGACCACGCCUCACUGGCUGCCAUCAGUCAGAGUCUACAGCAACGGACCGAGAAAUCCCUCAGGGGAUUCAAAGAACAGAUGAUUGGGAGUGCAAGAGAAAUCCAUGACCUUUGUUCCAAACAACAGACCCACAUCCUGGACCUGACUAAGACCGUGGCCGAGUCGGCACUUCAGUUCAUGUACUCCUGUAAGGAAGGGGGAGGCAACCCUAAGGCCCCUAAGCACACCCAUGAUAACAUAGACACAGCAGCAGACAACACAAUGGACGUCGUACAAGACCUGUUACAGUCUCUGGAGGAGGCCGCCUCACAGGCCGGCGUAGUCAACAGUAUGAUAGAGAAACUCACCAAAUCAAUCACUAAGACGGACGAGCAGGUAAUGGUGAGGGAGGUGAUGUCCUUCGUGGAGUACCAGUCCAACAUGGUCAGUCUGGCCAAGAAGAUCGCCAUGACGACGCAGGAGAUGGUGGGCAAGGCGGGGGUGAACCCGGGCGACCUCGGGCGACUGGCCAAUCAGCUGACAUGAGACUACGAUAUGUUGGCCAGUAACUCCGCAAAUGCCGCUGCAACCUCCAACAGUCAGGAUGUAAGUGGAGUCACAAGUCUGUUACAAUGUCUGGUGAUUCCUAGUUUAUUAGUUUAUCCGUUAUUCUAAAACUGUUUUGUGGACAAAUUUGGAUGGAUAUUGUGUGCUGUGUGUACUGUUAAGUCAAGAAUAUGGUUAUCUGCAUGAACAAGUGUUUAUUUGGUUUUAUUUUUAUUACCGAUAAUUCCAAUGGAGUUACAGAAGUCAAUUAAUUACUGGUCAUCAAGGGACUUUGUGUUCUGUAGGUGAAUAUAAUAUGUUUUACCUAUCUAAGCUCCUGAAAUUUCUGGUAUCUUUCGGUGCUAGGACGGGGAUGUCCAUUACAAUUGUAGCCAAUGUGUCACAUAGUGUUGGUUUUUUAAUUGUGAUUUUUACACAAAUAAUCUUGUAUGUUGUAGUAAACAUUAUAUUCAAAGGGGAAUAACUCAAAAUUUGUAUUUUUCAAUCAGGAUGAAAAAACAGUUAUUCCCCUUGAGAAUGAGAAAUGAAUUUGAUGGUGUUUAUCCCUGACAGUUUUAUUGGUAGGAUUGAAUAUCAAUUAAUGUAUUUUUACAAUAUAUCGUGAUCAUUUGGAAAGAAGUGAUCUGAUAAGCUUUUGAUAAGAAUUUGAUAAGUUUUAGAUGUUUUUUUAUACAAUGUUAUGUAGUUUUAAUUUCAAUAUAUUAAUAGUUGAUGUUAGUUUAAUUCAUUAAGUUUGAGCUGUGCAUGUAUAACAAUUGGUGCAUCAUAUAUUGCUUGUUGUCCUCAAAAGGUAGGUCACAAUGACCCAAUUAGAAUCAUGGUAGUUUAUGGUGAAACUAUUUUGAACAUAUCUAUUUGAAAAAUAAACAAACUUGUGUUUUAGAAAUGAUGUACCAUUAAUCAUACCAGAAGUCAUAUGUACUCAUGUAUUUAUCAAUGUGAAAGUAGGUCAUGAUGACCUGAAUUUGUAAGGCAUGUUGUUAAUCCUAUGUGUUUGUUAAUGGUGUUUAAGCACAUUUCUCACACUCUGUAUCUCUGUUGACCAAACUCAUGUUAAUGUCAUUUAUUUGGAGAAAUAUUGUACGUAAGUUUAAGCGUGAUUGGUUUUUUUUUGUGUUUACCCAUACAAUGAACGUGAUGAAAUACAUUUAUAACUUAUAUAUAGUAUUAUGUUCAUUUUAUUGUGUUUACGCAUACCAUAAAAAACAUAAUACUUGUAUACAAAUGAUGUUUCGGGAAAUGUAGCGAGCUGUAGAUAAAAGUCAAUAAACUUAAA